UGGAAUAAUCAUGCUCUCCAUACCCUGAUAUGGAACAGUCCAUCCAGUCACUUUGCAUAUCAUUAAUUGGUUCUAGAUGUUCACCUACCACACCCUAGAUACAGAUGAUGAGUUACUAAUAGUUGGCUAAUGGCUGUGAAAUGGCCUGUUGUUGAACUGUGUUUUUUCCUUAGGUGUACUUAAAAGGGACACUGGUGUACUCACUGAGGAUUCUGCUUUGAGAUUACUGGGAUUUAAAAAAAAAAAGAAGAUAAUUUUAACUUGGUAUACUUAAAGGAGACACUCUGCCAUUUUAGUUGAGGUCCUCACACAGAAGACUGCUGUAAAAUAACAGAUUUCAACUUAAGUGAAACGUCAUUGUCUGGCUGUUUUCACACUAGAAAUCAAAACAGAGGGAUUUGUGCAGAAUGGACAAGGGUUCAAUUCACUACUGCUCACAGUGUGGGAAGAGUUUUGCCAAGCCAAGUAUUCUCAAAAACAUGCGCAUUCACACGGGAGAGAAACCAUUUUGCUGUUCACAAUGUGGAAAGAGAUUUCGGGAAAAAAUUCAUGUAAAACGUCAUGAGCGCAUUCACACAGGAGAGAAGCCGUAUCACUGCUCAGACUGUGGAAAGAAUUUUAAAUGUUUAAAUGAUUUAAAAAUUCACCAGCGCAUUCACACAAGAGAGAAGCCAUAUCACUGCUCACACUGUGGGAAGAGUUUUACAGAAUCAAAAACAUUAAAAAUUCACCAGCGCAUUCACACAGGAGAUAAGCCAUAUCACUGCUCACACUGUGGGAAGAGUUUUACACAUUCAAGUGCUUUAAAAACUCACCAGCUCAUUCACACAGGAGAGAAACCAUAUUACUGCUCAAACUGUGGAAAGAAUUUUGCACGUUCACAUCAUUUAAAAAGACACCAGCUCAUUCACACAGGAGAUAAGUAAUAUAAGUGCUCACAGUGUGGGAAGAGUUUUAAAUGUUUAAUGGAUUUAAAAACUCACCAGCGCAUUCACACAGGGUAGAAGCCGUAUCCGUGCUCACACUGUGGGAAUAGUUUUACACAAUCAAGUGCUUUAAAAAUUCACCAACGCUUAAACCAUAUUACUGUACACACUGUGGGAAGACUGUUCAGGUGAUUUGAAAAAGCACCAGCUUAUUUACAAGAGGGAGAAAUGUAUUGCUGAUCACAAUGUGUGGAGUGUUGUACAGAUUUAAUUAAGUACAUUUACACAAAAUAAAGUACGUUUUAAAAGGCAUUAGAUGAGAACUCAUACUAUAUACACACAGUAUAUAUAUUUUUUUAUUCAUGAGCUGAAUCUGCAAUGAUGAUUGUAAAGACUUUCCACUGCCUGAUAAGGAGUAGGAAGACAUGAUAGACUUAUAAGAUUUAGUGAAUCAAAUUUUAUUGUCUGCCAUGUUUACUGUAUACUGUUUUAAAUAACAAUGUAUUCACUUGUCUAGAAAAGUUUACUUAAGAACAAUUUUAAUUUUUGAAUUU